AUGGCGGCUCACGACAACUCGCCUCUGCCCUCCCCUCCUUUCUUCCUGAUACCCAACAUCAACAACCUGCGCGAUGCCGCCAUCUCCCUUUCAACUCCCCACGGCUCUAUACGCCAGGGGAUUCUCUUCCGCUCCGCCGAAGUCAGCAAACUCGACCGCUCGGGCUGGGACGCCGUGCAUGCUGUCGGCGUAGCACACGUCUUUGACCUGCGCUCCAAGCCCGAAGUCGAAAAGGGCUGGGCCGGCAUCGUCGCCAAAGUCGACGGCACCGAGGACGUACGACCCAGCUGGCUCGUCGAUAUGGAAAGCGCGGGUGUCCAGCGCACGUGGGUCCCGGUAUUCACGGAGACGGACUACAGCCCCGAGAAGCUCGCAGAGCGCUAUCAGAAGUACAUGCAAGACAGCGUCGAGGGCUUUGUGGCAGCCUACCGCGGGAUCCUGGCCAGCGGCGGCCCAGCGUACAAGCAGAUCUUCACGUACCUCGCCAACCUACCGCCGGCAUCCGCACAGCAAAACGCCGAAGCACCCGGCGCACACAAGCUGGGCGCCCUGGUCCACUGCACCGCGGGCAAAGACCGCACGGGCGUGUUCUUCGGGCUGCUGUUCGACUUCCUGGGUGUGCCGCGCGCGCACAUCGCCGCUGAGUACCAGCUCACCGAGCCCGGGCUAGCUCCUGUCCGCGACGCCGUGGUCGAGCGCUUGCUGCAGUCGCCCGGGUUCCAGAAGUAUAUGCAGAGCACGCAGGACUUUUCGCCCGAGGUUAGGGAGAAGGGACGGCAGGCGGCGCUGAGGAUGGUGGGGGCGCGGAAGGAGAGUAUUUUGGCUACUCUGGAGAUGGUGGAUAGGGAGUUUGGGGGCUCGGAGAGGUAUAUGAGGGAGGUUUGUGGGUUGGGGGAUGCGGAGUUGGAGGGAUUGAGGAGGGUGUUGGUUGUAGAGCAGUGACUCCCUGGGGCGAGGGCGGCGCUGUAGCGGAGCGUGUGGGGUCUCGUGCUAUGAGACUCAGGACAUUGACAGUUGCUCACGCUCGGCACAGUGUGGUUGUUUUGCUCAGAUAGCAGCCGCUAUCUGUUGACCUAGAACGCGCAAGACGUGUAUCUGCGUGUACAUAGAUUAGAUUCGAUACUUUUUCCUUGUGCGACGCCUCAGUCAUCUCUCUACUCCUUCCCCUUUUUUAAACCUCUCC